AUAACGUUUGCAGAGAAGACAAAGUUUCAGAACAUUGUCAGCGUCUCGCACAGUUCCCGCGCCUGUGGACAUCGUUUCCGUACAAACUCAGCCGCCUGCCACCCUGUCCUUCCUCUCAUGCUGACCACAUCUCAUCAUAAUCUGCCUGCUGUUGAAUCUGGUAAUGGUUCGGACACUGCUAGCAUGACUUCAUCUACAGGACAGGAUCCAUCACUUCAGAUAGAUCUCUCCGAAGCAGAACACAUGAAUCCUACUUUCUGCAGUGAGUUAAUCCUGUGGCAGGUGGUGCCUGUUGGACCCUUGUCACGAACUGGGGGUAUCACAGAGCUGUGUCGUGUCAACAAUUCUUGCCCAUCUGCCUUCACAAGUGUGGCUUGGGUUCCAACUCUACUUCCAAGCUCCUGCUUGGGCUCCUACAGUAAUAGCCCUAGUGCUCUGUUUGUUGCCUCAGAUGGUCAGUGCUUGCGCCUCUAUCAGGCAGUUAUUGAUGCUCGAAGCUUGCUGAUGGACAAAUCAGCUUCAAAAGAUAAUAAACCAAGCUUUUCCAAUGUGAGUUCCAGUUCUGCCUCAAGUCAUCCAGAGUUGCCAAGUAAUCCUAAGCCAACACCUAAAGAUCUCUUCAAUAUAAUCUCCCUGCAGUCUUCUAUUCGACCUGGUUGUGUUAUAGAAUUGGAUGCCAUCAGUGAUGCUUCACAGCACUGGCAGAACAUUCAGCUGCUGCACGUCUACCAGGAACAAUUGAUCACUGGGGAGGAAAGUGAACGGGCCAACGAGGCUGUGGUUGAUCUCAGUGGUCAGCACACAUUUGAUGAGAACUUCUACCUGGUGGUGGUGGAAAAAAUGGCAGACAGUGGCUCCACCCUGCACAUGUGGAAGAUUACCAUCGACUCACAACCAAACACGGAGAAGGGCAUCAACGGCUCCUAUGACUGGAACCAGUAUGGUGCUUUUGUGGAUAGCUACAGUGAUGAGCUGAGUCCUGAAGGACUGGAUUAUAAGUCUGCAAACUCCAAGUCACUGUUUGCCAAUCAGAUCAUGACAAUGUCUGUGCGAACUACAAAGGUUUGUUGUCAGCCAUUAGAUUUGCCCUCUGGAGUUGAAGUAGUUUCAGUAUCUGUCACCAGUGGACAUCUCAGUUCUGCAUCCAUCUACCCAGCAUGCUUUGCUCCAUAUCACUUUGUGACAGCCUGCUCAGAUGGGGAAGUGCGUUUCUGGCACUGUACAAUGCUGGGCAUUGGCCAGACUGGGGAGACAAGCACCAGCAGCGUCACGAGCUAUGAGUUCUCCAUAGAAGAAGGAAACAUCAGGGGUCAGCCACAAGUCAACUCCAGGAGAGAGGAACGCAAGAAGGAGUUCAGCUACAGCUGGGCUGAAUGGGAGAGACCUAGUUCAUCCAGAGACAGGUCUAGCUCUGUUUCCUUGCAAGGCCGACCAAUCACAGUGAGUUGUGCCUACAGUGGACGUCUAGCAGUCGCCUACAGAUGGGGACCAAUCAGAACUAGACCUGAACACCCUGAAGACAAACUUGUCAACCUGAAAGUGGUCAUAUUUGAAUGUGAAUCAACAGGAGGAUCAGAAUGGGUUCAAGAGGACAUAAUUGAGCUUAACAACAUCAAGAUCCCAGACUCUAAGAAUGAGAUCGACAUGUACAUGCUUCAAAACUAUGAUGCCCCCCAGGCCAUUGACCCGGAUGCAAACCCUGUUGCACAGACUGCUGCAGCAUUUCUGACCAGAACUAAAUCUGUACCCAGCUUGAGCACAAUUCACUCUGUCAAAAAGUCUAUUGCUGAAGCUGGCAAUAAGAAAGGGCUUCUUGGUCAGAAGUGUUUGGUCCAGCUGGACUGGGUGUCAACAGAGGAUGGGUCUCAUUUGUUGACUGUCGGCGUUGGGUCUAAGAUCCUAGUUUAUGGGCAGGUGUCCAAUGAGAUCGCUAAAUCUCUGCGCUCAAUAACUGGCAAGCAGAACGACACUAACCAGGAGGACAAGAGAUCAGUCUUUGCCAGCAGCAAGCUUGUCACUCACAAUAAAUCUAUGGUAGGAGAGGAGAUCCAAGAGGAGAUUCGAUGGAUGCGCCUGAAGGACAUUGAGCUGAACACAGCAGACGGCUUGCCACCUUUGCCCAUGCACAUCAAUUGGGUCCGUGCGGGGAUACUGGUUGUGGGCAUGGAUAAUGAAAUGCAGGUGUUUACCCAGUGGAAGAACAAUAAUGAGGAUAUGGAAAAUACCGAAGAAGAAGAGGGGGCUAUAGACAGGAGGGCGCUCACAGAAGCUAACCUUGUUACAGCUGCUUCAAGUCUCAACCUUUGCAACAAUUUCAAGUCAAAGUCCACUUUUAAAACCUCACUGUCCAUGUCCAACUUCAGACAUAUUUCAAAUGCACCACAAGCUCCUUCAGCUAAGAAAGAAUCUUGGAAGAAAUCAAACCAGACUUCUGCUGCCUCUAAAGCAAGCAUUGCUCGUAGCGACAGUUUGUCCAGCUUACCGAUGCUCCAUGACAGUGGCUUAUUUGAAGCUGCUAAAUUCGCAAACCCAGUAUUACCUCAGUACCAUCCCAAACUGUUGAUGGAGCUGUUGAACUUUGGCAAAACCAAGCGGGUCAAGGCCAUUCUGGCACACUUAGUGAGGUGCAUCAGUGGGUCUAGUAAUGUCCAGACAAUCUACAAUGAUGAAAAAUCAGACAGCAGAAGCAUUUCGGUCAAGCUGUCUCGUCAGAGAAGCAUCUCUGUACGCAGUGAGAAUGAAGCCGGAGAGGCCGACACAGCCUCAAUCACAUAUGUAGAAAUCAAGUCUAUCCCACCUCUCCCACUGUAUGCUCUCAUUGCAGCAGAUAAGGACACAACUCCAUUCCAAACAGAAAUCAAAACUUCAGUGCACCAAGGUACCAAAGAAACCGAUUAUUCUAAUCUACUGGAUACAAGUGUUUCCAAGCUAGAUGAUGACUUGGAUGAACAUCUGUUAUCAACAUCAGCUGAUAGCACUGGCAGUAACCCCCGCCGACCCCGACUGCACUCAGGAAACAGACAGCCUGUUGAUCCCUACAGUUUUGUCAUGGACCAAGCAGAUAUAUUACGGGAGUACUUGUUCAAACUGAAUCUUCCGGGUUUAUCUGGCAAUGACCAGUUCUAUCUGGCAGCAUUGGCUGAAGUUGUCGGGUCAACAGCUGUGGACCUUGGUGACAUAUCUAGUGUUGACCCCAAAAAGGAGCAGCAGGACAGCACUGAUGAAUGUGGUCUAAGGUUUCUGCUGGCCAUGCGACAGUUUCAAUGUCUGGUCAAGACUCUGCCACCGAUACAGAGAGUUCCACUGCUUGAGAGUGGCAUCAGAACAUUCCAUUUGGUCUGGGCAUUUCAUUCUGAGGCAUCACAGGAGCUCCUGUCUGCCAUCCCUUGUGUGAAAGCAGAAGAACCUGUCUGGGAGGAGCUGAAACUGUACGGUGUUGGGUGGUGGUUGAACAACAUGACUCAGCUGAAGACACUGAUGAUCAAAACUGCAAACACAGCAUUCAUGAAGUCCAAGAAACCCAUGGAUGCAGCAAUCUUCUACCUGGCCAUGAGAAAGAAGACCAUGGUGAAAAGCUUGUUCAAAUCUGUUCAAGACAACAAGAUGGAAACAUUCUUCAACUUAGACUUUACAAAUGUCAACAAUCGUCGUGUGGCAAUGAAGAAUGCCUUCCAUUUGCUUUCCAAAGGACAGUAUCUUCAUGCAGCUGCCUUGUUUUUCUUGGCUGAACAAGUGGAUAAUGCUGUUAAUAUAAUCUUGGAAAAGCUGGAUGAUCUGCAGCUUGCCAUUGUGCUCUGUCGCUUGUAUGAUGGAGAGUCUAUGCUUCCAGACACAGUGAAAGCUCUGCUUUAUGAACACGUUCUUGCCAGUCAUGAUCCAUUCUUGCGCUCCAUGGCACUGUGGCAGUUGAAGGAUUAUGAAUCCUCUCUCAGGACUUUGUUAGAGAAAAAUGUUGGAACAGCCAACCAGGAAGACAUGGACAAACUGCUACUGAUACCUCGAGUGUUUAACUUCUACAACUUCCUGCGCACACAUCCUCUCAUCACCCGCCUCCGGCUGUCAUCAAUAUCACUGCGACACCGUGCCAAUGUCAUUACAGGUUUCACUCACACAGACACACUGGUCAUCGACAGUGUCUUGACCUUGGAUCAGAUCACUCCAGUGGAGAGGCAGCUCUUCUUUGCUGCCGCCCAUGCACACUUCCAGAAUGGCUGUCCUCUAGUCGCCAUCGAAGUCAUGAGGAAACUUCCCAAAUGCCCAGUCCUGGUAGAAGAAGACCUCCAGAAGAUGACAUAUUUUGCCAAUCGCAGAAGGAAAUCUCUGUGUGAAAUAAACAGCACCACCGGGACCUUGCAAGAUCGGAAUAUCAUGACAAUAGAUGAAGACUGGGAAGAAAAUGACAAGUCACCCUCUCCAACAAUUGCUAAUAAUACCCAGAACAGCAAAGCUAGUGCCUUUGACUGGAGCAAGCCUGUGUCAUCAGCUGUCACCAGUAACACAUCUGGGCCGGUAGACUGGGGAAUGCCAAGCCGGGUCCAUUUUCAAGAGGAGCCGGAGCUAGAUCUUGAUUUAGGAGACAAACCAAAUGACAGUAUCAAGAAAAAACCUGAAAAGGUUUUAGCCAAAGGAAGCAGUGUCAGGUUUAAUACAGGUAGUGAUGAUGAUAAUGAUGAUGAUGAUGAUGAUACUGAUGAGGAAGAGGAUAAUAAAGGAGAAAGUAUGAAUUAUGUGGAGCCAGACACAGCCAGUCAUAUAGACAUCAUGUCCCAGCAGUACAAGUUUAUAGCAUGUUUGAAAGUGCUAAUGGAAGAGCUGGGCAAUCUGGCCACAGGAUUUGAGGUUGAUGGUGGACAGUUGAGGCACCAGCUGUAUAUCUGGUUGGAAAAGGAGGUGGAUGUUCUUAAGGUCUUGUGCAACUAUGGCAAACCUGCAGAAACUCAUGGAACUGCAGAUGGGACUAGUGGCAAUGUUUUUGAUGAUUUUGAGGAAACUGAUGAUGUCCUUGAGCCGAGCCAUAGAACACGCACUGUAUCCAUACGAUCAGACACUUCAGUAGGCAAGGCAUCGCUACAUGAAGUGAUUAAAGCAGAGAAGCUAGAUCUUCAGAGUAAAGUAGCCCGCAUGGCCAGACGAAAGGCAUGGUUGAAGUGCAAUCAACAUCUGCUGCGUACACUUGCCUCAUACUGUAUAUUACAAGGUUCAGGUGGAGGUGGUUUGGCCUCAGUUCACAUGGAGCUUCUGUUACUACUACAGGAACUUCAACAAGAGAGACCUCAGCAACAGCUCCUGUCACCUCUGCCUUUCCCCACCACCCUUCCUCUCCUGUCAGCCAGUAUUACCAGCAGUCGCAGUGUUGUGGCAGACCCAGUACAGUAUCUACAGAACAACAUACAGGAUCUGCUACAGACUAUUUUGGACUUCACUCAUCCACCAAAUAUACAUACAGAAAUUGGAUUAGUGAGCACCAUUCGAGAUCUUGCUGUUGCUCUGUCAUCCUGUAUCUACCAGAGUCUCUGCGACAGUGAUUCAUUCAAUGUUGAUGCUGCAGAUGUUGGCAUUGAUGGCUUCAUUAACCCUGAAUUCUCCUACCCGUCCAGUCACUUGAUGGCCGGUGUUAAAAGGAGUCAGCACAGAGCAGGUGGGGGUGGAGAAGAUGUGGUCAACACCCCACCAUCUAAGUGGCCAGGUGUGACAUCACUGAAGGUUCUACUGGCAAGGGAAAAGGAUGAAGAUGCUCCCAGACUCACCACCCUGCUCACAGAGUCAUUGAUUGCUGUGUACAUGAGCCUGCUGAUCUCAGCACUCAGCAUGUAUGACUCUCAGAUGCUGUACCGCCUGGUGGCCAACAAGCUGGAUGCUCAGACCUGGGCAGCUCUCUUUGGUGGUGGUAACAAAGUAGCAGUCAGAUCAGAGAAGACACCUGUGCCACGGUCUCAAGAUGAAACAAACAAGCACAGGUUGAACUUUAACCUGCGGGUAAUAUCAGGCGCUGGGGGACCUCCGGGCCCACAGCAUGCAUCCAUGGAAGUCAAGGAGACUUACAGAGAAAAGUUUGUGCCUCCAGAAAUAAGUAUGGUAAACUACUUGAUGGCAAAGCCAUUUGUAGCUGAUUCCUUUCUGGAUUAUGACUCGGACGAUUCUGUUGGUUCUGAUGAUGAAAUAUCAUCUGAAGAUGAAGAUGAUGAUGAUGAUGAUGACACAAAUAAGGCAACACAGCGACCAACUUCAUUAGCCAAUAGAUGGAAGAAUGCAGAACACAGUGACCCAGAAUCAUACAGUUGGUGCCUUAUGCGGUAUGCUGUUAUCAGAUCAGCAAUCAGUAACCUGAGCACAUUCUUGCCUCAGAUUGGCAUUGAACUCACAGAAUUGCCCAAUGUGUCCCCAACCCUGCAUGCUGUGAUGAAGGUUCUUGAGCAGUGGGAGAGGUUUCUCCAAGCCAAACUGGACCGUUUCGGGGGUGUGUCUGAAAACUACAUUCCAGGACUGGCUGUUGAUGUGGCCACUGGUCAACCGCUGUCUAAGCUCCAAGCUUUACACCUCCCUGAGAAUACUCCAUUUAUGUCUUCCAGAGCAACCCUGCCUGUUAAACGCUUGUGGAUGCAGUUGGUGCGCCAAGACAACCUGAAAGACAUUUUCCUGAGAUAUGUGUAUCGUAAACGCAAGGAACCAGACACCAGUGAGCUUGGUUCAAUGAAGACCUCCAGCAGUGACAAUGAGCAACAAGUGAGAGAGCCCAUGAAGAUCAUUCACAAGGAGCAGGACAUUAUCACAGCAUUUGCUAUCAAUCAGGCAAAUAACAAUUUGCUGACCCUGUCAACUCAGAAAGAGAUUGUUGAGCUAGAUAUUGGUUAUCUGCUCCAACCGCCUGUUUGGCUUGAAGAUGAAAAUGAGUAUGACAUCGAGAUGCUGAGGAAUCCAAGUCCAGGCCCAGAUGCUCCAGACUUCCUAGUGGUGCAGACACCUCAAGACACCUUGCAGCCCAUCAGUGGCACACAGACCCCGAACACUCCCUACAUCCCAUCUCCUAGUGCUAGCCAGGCAAACUUGCAGACUGGACGAGGUUCUAGCGUGCCUAAAUCACACGCAAAGACG